AUGUGCCAAACCUACCAAUCCCAAACCGGCUGCCACGUCGAAUCCCACCCCUUUUGCGCCUGGUCCAACCCCGUCCUCCUCCCCUGCGAAACAAACUGCGGCCUCCCCACCGUCCCCGACUGGAUCGAGGACAUGAGGUGCGACAUCUUCUCCCCCAUGUGCCCCCUCUGCGUCGAAGCCCACGGCCCCAACGGGGUGCUCGACUCGAUGCCUGCCUUUCUCGGCGGGCCUUCUACCCCGAACAGCACGAUGGAUGAGGUGAACGAGGGCUUUAUCGAGAACAUUCGCGAGGACGCGAUUAGUUCCAUUCAGGAGGCGGAGUAUAUUGCCAACGAGUAUUGGAUUGCCGAGCCGACCGAGUUGAGCUUGGAGUACAGUGAGUUGGAUUUGCCAAAGACUGCGGUGGUUGAGGGGGAGGUUGUGCCGCCCGAGGCGAAGAGGUGUUUGAUUGUGGAGGGGGUGCCGGAGCCGGAGGAUUUGGCGUUGACGCCGACGGAUACGAUUGUUUUUAGGUUUUGA